CAAAAAAAAGGCCAAAAAAAAAAACCUUCUUCUACUGCCCUCCCGCCUCUUGGAUUUUGGAGUUUCCAUUUCGGUUGCAUUUUCUCUACACCACAUUUUCUUUCUUUGCUCAAGUAUUUAUCAGACACCGGAAGUUGAAGAGAGGAUUUUAGUUCCAGUGGGUUUUUAUCGUGCCGGGCAGAUGGUUAUUGAAGACGGGAAAAGCAAUGGCGAUGGCUUUCGAACUUACAAGAGGCGGAAGCAAACUAGGUUGACUUCUGGGAGUGAAUGCGAUGAAGAUAGAAAGACUCACGUUGAAGCUGCUGGUCAACUUGUGGUUCGGGCUGUUGAAGAAACUUUACACACGCUAAGAGGCAUUGGCUCAUGUGAGCAUGUCCAUUCUCCAAUGGUCAAUUUAGAUGAGUCCCCUGAGGACCUCUGGAGAUCUGUUUGGUUACAGCAGAUAUGCCAGUCAUCAGGUGUCAUUGGUGGAAAUGUACCAACGUGUGUCCAGGAUGGCCUUGCUUCUCAUUCAGGAACCAAUGACCGCUCAAGAUUUAGGAAAUUUGAUGCUCAAGAUGCAAACAGCAAUAAUGACCUUGCACAUACUGGAUCAGUGUCUAGCACAGUUCAGAUGGCAUCUCAUAGAGAAAAUGGUGAUGUAUCAAAUGGAUCAUUAGAAAAUUCAAACAGAUGUAGUGUUAAUGAGAGUUGCCGGCGAGCUUUCCGUAGUAUUAUCGAUUCACAGAAGUUCGUCUCAUUGUGUAAGCUUCUAUCUGAAAAUUUCCGGGGAAUCAAGGCUGAUAAUGUUUUUGACUUUAGUCUUGUAAACUCGAGGAUCAAAGAAGGGGCUUAUGAAAAUUCAUCUGCGCUCUUCCUCUCUGACAUACAACAGAUAUGGAGAAAGUUUCAAGCAAUUGGCACUGAACUGGUAUCACUGGCAGAAAGCCUCUCAGACUUUUCCAGAACUACCUAUCGGGAAAAGGUGGGAGUUUCAGGGCGCAAUGUAUUUGAAGAUGGAAAGCACGAGGACUCUAUUUGGGAUUCACCCUCUCAUGCUAAAGCAGAACAUAUGGAUGGUUAUGGAGCGUAUAAAGUUUGUGCCUGCAGAAGUUGUGGAGAGAAAGCAGAAGGAAUUGAUUGUCUGGUUUGUGACUCAUGCGAGGAAAUUUACCAUAUUUCCUGCAUCAAACCUCCCGUCAAAGAGAUUCCCCUUAAGAGUUGGUACUGUGCUACUUGCAUUGCAAGUGGAUUUAGUUUGCGUCAUGACAACUGUGUAGUGUGUGACAGGUUGAAUACACCCACGACGCUAGCCAAUGGAGUUAAUGGAAUUCUGGAAACAAGUGAACACAAUCAUUUUCAUGGGGACGCGAAUCCGAAGUAUUGUAUGGAUGAUGGUACUGAACAACUGAAGGACGGAAAAGAUUUGGGCCCUUGCAAAAUUUGUGGAAAUGAAGUAGAAGGUGAUGAGAAAUAUAUAGUAUGCAGCCACCUGUUCUGCCCUCAUAAAUGCUAUCACACCAGGUGCUUGACUAAGAAGCAGUUAAAAUCUUACGAUGCAUGUUGGUAUUGCCCUUCUUGUCUUUGCAGAGCAUGCCUCAUAAAUCAAGACGAUGACAAGAUUGUUUUAUGUGAUGGCUGUGAUCACGGAUUCCACAUUUAUUGUAUGAGACCCCCUCUUGCUGCAAUUCCUAAAGGAAAAUGGUUUUGUAGCAAAUGUGCAGCUGGAAUCCAGGCAAUACGCAGCGUGAAAAUGGCAUAUGAGAAUUUUGAAAACAAGCAAAGUAAGAGAGGUAAAGAUACAUUUGGAAAUUUGGGCAAGAAACGGACAAAUGGAGGUGAGGAGGAAUCGGAUACAGGAGGGGGAGGAAUGGAUAUGCUUCUUACUGCAGCCAAGACUCUAAAUUAUGAAGAGGGUUUGGCUAACCUUUGAUAUAAAUAUUUGAUUCGACAGAUGGUCCUGAAGCACCAAAAUUCCAUGCAACUGAUUGCACAUCUUAAUUUCGUAGAAUUUUGUUUCAUUAUGUUUUCAUCGACGUAAAUUUCAUUAGGUUUUGGACACUUAGAUAUGCUGACUUUUCAAAAGUUGUUACUUGGAAUGAUGUAGGGCUGUGUAAAAGAAACUUGGCACAUCUUAAAAUGAAGAAUCUGAAAAACCAGGAUGCUGUUUGAGGAAAAGGAGAACCAGGUGAAAAUUAACCUUGUAUUGUUUUACUCAUUUUGUACCAUGAAGUAUAUAAUCUUCGGGAAUCAUGAGAAUGUCGAUGUUUCAACUCUGUUGUAAAAUCCAUCUAACACAUGACAGUCAAAGGAAAUGUUGCCUUUUUGUACGUA